AUGACUGCAUCCAAAUUCAUGAUGUUAUUAAUAUUAUGUAUAGGGACAAAUUCUUCCGAAGUUACUUCAAUGGCAGAAGUUAUACAAAUUCAAAUCUCUGAUGUGAUAUACCAUUUACAACAGUUGUCCUGGGAAAAAAUAGUGAUCGUACACGAUAGUGAUUCCGAUGAACAAGCCUCUGAACUGGUAUCACAACUCGAACGAUUCGGGGACAUCCUGUUUACAGUUGUCUCAUUAUCCAGAAGCGAAGAGAACGAUUUUCUUCUGUUAAUAUACAGAAAGCAUUUAUAUAAGUUCAUGAACAUUGUAAGAUUAAUCGCAACCGGAUGUGCUUUUACUGGAAGCAGUUCUGAGUUGGUACCAUCCGGGACAUCAGAAAUCUUACUUCAUACCAAAUCGAAGUGGCUUAUCUUUCCGACAAACUGGUGUAGCCCUUCCAUGACGUUCAGAUUCCAGACUAAUUUAACGAACGUAGCAGUAGUGAUUCCCAGUAGCAGCCAGUGUAUUGGAAUUCUGACUUUGAACGGCAAUAUCUUUGAAUCAGUUCCAGGAACCUCAACUGAUGAAAAAAUAUUUCCAAACAUUCGUUACAAAUUGAACGGACAGAAAAUAAUAAUUGGCGUAGUCCCGGACAAUCCGUUUGAAAAGAAUUAUUAUAAUAUUCUUCAUACAAUGAGUCGGUAUUUAAAUUUUACAUACGAUAUUGUGAAUUCAACAAAUGGCGAAUAUGGUAUUCUAACGAAUGGUUCAUGGUCCGGAUUGAUUGGGCAACUCGUCAGUCACGAGAUCGAUCUAGGGCUUGCGACAUUGACACCCACUGUUGAUCGGCGAGAAGCAGUGGAUAUUGUUCACCCUUUUGGAACGUCAAAACCUGCGACUUACACUGCAACCUUAUUACGGUCACUUGUGCCUAAACAAGUGAAACCUUUUGAAACUAUCCAAGACCUCUUGGAUUUACCGGGCUGGCAGAUUGGUGUUUUGAGCAGUACGUCUGAAGUUAUUAUUCUCAACACAUCUAAAAAUGUCGAUGUUCAAAUGUUUUGGAAAUCAUUUAAGAGUCGCACACAGAAGGAUGCUAAUAUUCAAUCAACAGACAUAAACGUACAUAUGAAAAGGAUUACUCGUGGAAAAUAUGCGUUUGUAAUUGCGGACGGUCGUGAACGUAUGAAAUUACUCGGGAACUGUUCACUAGAAUUUAAUAAUAAUCUUUUCGAUAUGUUAGAUACUGAAUACUCAAUGGCAGUCCCUCAAGGAUCUCUUUUGAAGACGGAAUUAGAAGACUUUAUAGAUAAAAUUAAGAACAGUGGUUUGCUUGAAGAACUAAUGAAACCACAAGAUAAUCGCCCAUCUCAAUGUGGAGUAAUUGAUCAAACAGUCAAACCCCUUUUCUUUUCAACAGACUUAAACGUACAUAUGAAAAAGGUUUCUCAGGGGAAGUAUGCGUUUUUGACUUCGUACGGUCAUCAUCUUCUGAAAAUCUACGGCGAUUGUUCAUUGGACUUUAAUGAUCAUUUAUUAGAUCUUCGAAGCACUGAUUACUCCAUGGCAGUCCAAAAAGGAUCACUUUUGAAGUCCAAAUUAGAUGAUUUUAUCGAUAAAAUUGAGAACAGUGGUUUACUUGAAGAAAUUAUGAAACCACAAGAUAAUCGCCCAUCUCAAUGUAGAGUAAUAGAUCAAACAGUCAAACCCCUAUUCUUGGAUAAUAUCAAAGGUGUAUUUGUUUUACUUGCUGGUGUUGUCGUGAUAGCUGGGAUAACAUUGGUGAUCGACAUUGUACUGCAUUAUAAACUCCAUGUACAAAAUGGUGAUAUAAAACAAGCUUGGUAUCAAGGUUGGUAA